AGGAGGAGGAGGAGGAGGAGGAAGGGGCCACUCACAGUGACAGCCAGCCCACUAUCAGAGCGAGGCUUGGUACGCAACGCCAGCUGCUGCUGCUGUAGUGUAGUGGGUCUAUCAGACACCCGUGUACCGGCGCUGUCACUGCUGCUGCUGAACACACUGCGGGCGACAUGGGCUCUCAUACUCUGCGCUUUGACGGGCGAGUGGUGCUGGUCACCGGGGCGGGUGCAGGUUUGGGGAAAACGUAUGCACUGGCCUUCGCUGAAAGAGGAGCUUCUGUUGUAGUAAAUGAUCUGGGAGGUGACAUCAAAGGAGAUGGAAAAAGUUCAUCAGCUGCAGAUAAGGUUGUUGAAGAAAUCCGAGCCAAAGGAGGGAAAGCAGUUGCCAAUUAUGAUUCUGUGGAAGCAGGAGAGAAACUUAUCCAAACAGCCCUGGAUGCAUUUGGGAGAAUAGAUAUUGUUAUAAACAAUGCUGGAAUUUUAAGAGACCGCUCAUUUGCAAGAAUAAGUGACAUAGACUGGGAUAUUAUUCAUAGAGUUCACUUAAGAGGAUCUUUCCUGGUUACACGAGCAGCAUGGAAUCACAUGAAGAAUCAAAAAUUUGGAAGGAUAAUAAUGACCUCAUCUGCAGCCGGAAUAUAUGGGAAUUUUGGGCAAGCAAACUACAGUGCUGCUAAACUUGGACUAGUAGGCCUUUCCAACACACUCGCUCUUGAGGGGGUGAAGUACAACAUCCGUUGCAAUUCAAUCGCACCAACUGCUGGUUCCAGGCUCACGCAGACCGUUAUGCCACAAGAACUGCUGGAUGCUUUAAAGCCGGAGUAUGUGGUUCCCCUUGUGCUGUGGCUCUGUCAUGACAGCUGCCAGGAAACUGGCAGUUUGUUCGAGGUUGGAGCUGGCUGGAUUGGAAAAUUACGUUGGGAAAGAACUCUCGGCGCCAUUAUCAGGCAGAAAAAUCGCCCAAUGACACCAGAGGCUGUGCGUGAUGAGUGGGCAAAGAUCUGUGAUUUUGAUAAUGCCACUAAGCCACAAACAAUUCAAGAGUCCACUGGGACACUGUAUGAAGUCCUGUCAGCCGUUGACACUGGGAAGGGAAUUUCUAUGAAUCCCACAAGCCAGCUAGCCUCAUCUUCCAGCAUUGACCCGACCCAGGCAAUAGGACAGAAGCUUCCAACAACGGUGUACAACUACAACCACAUUCAAGCCAUUCUUUAUGCUCUCGGAGUAGGCAUGUCUACCAAGGACCCAGAUCAUCAGAAGUUUUUGUUUGAAGGAAGUGAAGAUUUCAGUUGUUUGCCAACAUUCGGAGUCAUUCUAUCCCAGGCUGCUUUCAUGGGUGGUGGACUAUCCUCAGUUCCUGGUCUUAAUAUUGAUUUUACACGAGUGCUUCAUGGAGAACAGUACCUUGAGGUGUACAAACCCAUUCCAACAUCAGGAGAGACGCGCUCAGAGGGCACAGUGGCAGACAUAUUUGACAAAGGCUCCGGCGCCCUUAUUUUGCUAGAUGUAAACACUUACUGUGGGAAUGAACUUAUCUGCUACAGCCAGUUUUCUGUGUUUGUGGUUGGAUCUGGUGGAUUUGGUGGGAAGAGAUCAUCCCCAAAGAUCAAGGCAACGGCAAAUCCUCCCAGUCGUCCCCCAGAUGCCGUAGUGAGUGACGUCACCUCAGUAGACCAGGCUGCUCUGUACCGGCUUUCUGGAGAUUGGAACCCCCUGCACAUUGACCCUAACUUUGCUGCAUUGGGAGGGUUUGAAAGACCCAUAUUGCAUGGUCUAUGCACUUUUGGAUUUUCUGCCCGGCAAGUUUUGAAGCACUUUGCAAAUAAUGAUGUAACGAAGUUCAAAGCAAUAAAGGUGCGCUUUGCAAAGCCAGUCUUACCCGGGCAAACUCUACAGACUGAAAUGUGGAAAGAAAACAACAGAAUUUACCUUCAGACUAAGGUCAAAGAGACUGGAGAAGUUGCCAUAGCCGGUGCCUAUGUUGACCUUACAUCAACUACUGAUAGUCUGAAGUCUAAAGACACAAUUCAGGACGUUGGGCUACAGAGUGACUUGGUCUUUGAAGAAAUCAGCCGCCGCGUGAAAGAUGUGGGUAAUGAACUGGUUAAAAAAGUGAAUGCCGUCUUCCAGUGGGAGAUCACCAAGGAUGGGAAUACUGCUGCACAAUGGACAAUUGACCUAAAAAAUGGAAGUGGAGAAGUUUACCGUGGUAAAGUGCGGGGCCGUGCUGAUACCACGUUUACUCUUGCAGACAAAGACUUUAUGGAGAUUGUUUUGGGAAAACUGAAUCCGCAACAGGCAUUUUUUGCUGGCAAGCUGAAAGUGAAAGGCAACAUCAUGCUGAGCCAAAAACUGGAAGUCAUAUUGAAAGACUAUGCCAAGCUGUGAGAAUGCAACCACAGGAUCAGGCGAUGCCGUCCCCAUACAUUGAGUUUGUGCUAUAAACAGGAGCUGGAGUAACAAUAAUAAUGCUGUAAUAAUAAAAAAUAAUUCCUCUAACAAUUGUCUAAUAAUUUGAGGAGAGGGUGAUACAGGAAAAGGCAGGACUCUUAUGCUAGAGUUAAUGCCAUACAUUCUGAACUCUUUAGUCAUUGUUCCUACUUUUACAUCUUUAUAUAGAGGCACGCAAUAGUACUGGGGACAUUUAUGACAUUUGGUGUAUAACAUGUGAUGCAUUUAUGAAAUUUGUAGCAUAGUCAGACUAAGGGGUAGAUUUCCUAAAGCUUCUAAAACCAGUGGAGGUGUUGCCCAUAGCAACCAGUUUCGAUCUGUCAAUUUUUAGAAUGCAAUAGAGAAAUUAUAGCUGAAAUAUGAUUGGUUGCUAUAGGCAACAAUUCCAAAAAAUGUUUUAGAAUAUUUAGUAACGGUUCCCUUAAGAGUCAAUCAAUGCAGUUAAGAAAAUGAAAGUAACAACAGAUUUGCAUUGCUUUAUAUGUUCCGUUAAUCUACGUAUUCUGCAUUAGCUAUAAAUAUCUCUAUUACUCUUCUUUUCAUCUUAGCGUAUGAUUCAGUCAUAGGGGUCUAUAAACGGAGCAGUGCAAAGAGUGAAGUGUGCCAGUGGAGAAGUUGCCCAUGGCAACUAAUCAAUUUUGAGGUAACAACUAUCAAGUGCAUCCUAUUACAUUGUACAUAGCAACUAAUUGGUUGGCAUGGGCAACUUCCCCUCUCUUUUCACUGCUCCAUGAAUAAACACCAUCGUUAAAAAUGGAAAAUUUUAAUAUGUUAAUAUUGAAAGCAGUAGGUUUCAUUGCAUGGGAUCAUGACAUGUUUUCUACCAGUCAAUGGAUUGAGUAAAGGCAAAGAUAAAACAAAAUAUUUUUUAUUGUUUUAUUUCUUUUCAUAGACUGUCUGACUAUAUUAAUGAUACCUGUCGCUACCUUAAUAAAGUACUGAUCUAUACAGUACUUGUAUGUAAUUACCUGUUCUAAUAAAAAAAACAAUUGAUUUAA